AGACCCACAUGACAACAUGAAUACCACUUAAAAUCUCAUUCAUAGAUAAUACACCUAAAUUGUAUAACAAUUGGUAAACGCUGAAUUCUACGUCAUCAAUUGCUUUCCCAGUCUCUGAAAAUGUAAUAGUUAAGCGACCUGGAAGUCUCGCUCUUCUCUCUCAACUUAUUUAAUUUUAUAAUUUAUGUUUCUAGAGAAUAUAAUAGAAAGGUUAACUCUCUGUGUUUUUGUCCGACAUUACAAGCUAUUUUAAGAUGGCGUUACUGUAGCAAAGUUCCUGAUUUUCUGAUUGUCAAAAGAUAAAACAUUUUUAAUAUUGUUGUCAAUGAUGAUAUAAUUUUUUUAUACAUUUUUUGUAACCGAUUUCAAAACUUUUAUAGGAUACGAAAGAUAUCAAAACGUAAAAACUGCCAUCCACUUUCGGAUAUUAAGUUAAAAUAUCAAUUGAUAUACAGCUACUGUCUCUCCUAUCAGGCCGGAACGCAUUUUUGUUUCGUUGCAGAUAUAAGCAGGACAAUAGUAUCUGCUCAAGCGGUCUCACAAUACACCAUACCUCCAGUAAAUACCAGUUAUCAAUCGCAGUUCGCUGAUAAAAGGACCACACAGCUAAAAGCUAUUUUGUCACAAAACUACCAUAAGAGAGAGACUUUUUACCAAAGGAGGAUUCUAAUAUAAUAAAUUAUCAUUUCUAUUGUCAAUACUGUCAACUGUCGUAUCUCAGCAAUGGAUCUCAGAACUGACAGAAAUAAAUACCACAGCACAACAAAAAUAAAUCUAAGUAUAUAAUAGUUUCUUUUUUUGUGAAAUUUUCUUAAUAUUCGUAGUUUUAAUGUUGGUAACUUGAAUUACCAGACUCUUAUUUUAUUAUUUCUAAAAACAUACCAAUUUUUUGUGUGUUUGUUUAAUCAAUUAAUGUUAAACGCUAAACGGAUGUGAUAUAUGAGUAUGCUUUGAUUAUUUGUCUGUGAAUGUGUGUACCAUAAAACAUUUACGACAACAUUAUCUCUUUGUUUGCAUUAAGGAAAUUUAAAAUACAACAAUGGCCACUUUAAAAACAAAGCUAUCGGAAUUUAUCAAGGGUUUCAGAACUGAUGCUGUGCCAAGACAGCCUCGACCAGUAAAUGUUGACUUUGACCAUCAAGUACCACCGGAAGCCCCGGUAGAUGACGAACAUGCAGACUCUAGUGAACACGAAGAAGUUAUCAUUGAGGAAGAAGACGAUAGUGAUAUGAAGAAAAAAUCCAAGCCUAAAUCAUUUUUCAAACCGAAAAUACCGAAGAAAUCUUCAAAGAAACCUGACCCUAACAACCAUAAAGGCUCAAUCAAUACUCAAGCUGCAGGCAAUGUAUUGAAUGUGGUUGGUUGUACAAACGUAAGAUGGGGCAAUGAUUAUUUUAUGGGUACUACUUAUAUCGGAUCAAAAAAUGCUAAGAAAGAAGAAACUUGUGAUGAUAGCGACCCAGAAGAAGAAAUUGUAAAGACUGGUCUCAUUAAAACUGUUAUGAAAGCUACCAUAAAGCCGGAAGAUGAGCAUUUAGAUUACAUAUCGAAGAAUAUGGGUAAAACAUGGCGCAAGUUCUUCCGGAAACUCGGCUUCACCGAAGGCAGAAUUGAUACAUUUGAACACGACAAUAAAAUUUAUGGUGUACAAGAGGUUCGGUACAAGCUUCUUCUCGAAUGGAUGCAAAAGAAGAAUGAUGCAACUCUCGGAAAACUCGCCACGUUGCUUUGGGAACACGGCGAAAAAUGCGUCGUAAAGGAAUUAGCAGAUUUGUACUCUGAAAAAAACUAACACGAUUCAAAUUUGAACCUAAGAAAUAAUGCAUCGCUUAUACACGUUUAGAGUACUAUUAUUUUCUAACUUUUUGAGUUUCAUUUCGCCGAUGGUGCUAUGUCAAAAACCUCACAGAAUUGCUGACAAUAACUAGUGAAACUGAAUCAUAUAAACAGGGUUCGAGCGCCUAAAUUACGAACAAACAAUAUCAAUUAUAUUAUAUAUUUAUUGAAUACGAUUCAAUAAUAGAAGAUUUGGACGAAUUAUAAAAAAAAAACUACAUUAAAUCCCGUAACAAGAAUCAUCUCCGUUCCAAGUGCCAUAUAUGAAAGUAUAAAAACUUAUAGGAAUUAUGUAAAAAAAAAAUUCAAUGCAUGUUUGUAAUUUUCUCAUUAUAGCAACGCUUUGAGACAUUCCAGUAGUUCUAGAACUACGCAUUCAUUCGUCCCAUUCGCAUUUAAAGACCUUGACGUAUACUCGUGUCCCUUGCGCUUGGUAUUCACUAAAGGAUCAGUCACGUUACUGCUGUGAUACGUUACGACGCAUACCAUAGCAAUUUGUUUCACUCUUGAAUCCCAGUGAAGUGACAGCUUACUUAAGUAAGCUACGGAAGCUAAAUAGGGCACCCUGCUGGAUCCACGUGAUCCACUCGUGCUGAUGAACGCUUUAAGUUCUAACGCUAUCACUCAAAGCUCGGUGUGCUUAAUGCGAGUUUUUUAACGUUCUCGAUAGUGUAAAAGUUAACUCAAAUUUGUAUGCAGUUAGAACAGCGCCCCUAGCGGCAAACGUAGGCAAACGUUGAGUUAACUUUUACGCUAUCGAGAACGUUAAAAAACUCGCACUAAGCAUAAAAGUCACCGUACUCGCCGCCCAUGACAUGAAACUUAGCCUGUAAGAUCAUCCCGCUGAGUUUCUCGCCGGAUCUUCUCAGCGGGUCACGAUUCCGAUCCGGUGGUAGUUGCACCCGCGAAUUAGCUGCCCUUUGUUGUUAGGCCACCAAGGGCUGUCGGGCAAAUUUUUAAAAAACCCCUCCUUCCCUCUGGCCGCGCCUUUCUACUAUGGAUUACUUCAUUGGUACAUAAAUAAUUAGAUGCGUGGCGUGAAUAAGUUAAUAUAUUUAAAAUGCAGGGCUUAUGCCAUUUUAAAAUCUAAUUUUAUUAGUAAAGACUAUUUCAAACAAUCUUGUUAAAAUAAGUAUUAUUAAAUUUAUUGUGGUUUUGAAGAAGAGUAACAUAAUUAUUAUAAAUUUAUAUUCUUUUUUUUAUAUAAUUUUAUGACCUGGCAACAUAGGUUUUUUAGGUCAUAUCUUAUUUGGUAUAAAUUGAUAUGACUUUUAUCAUCGAAGAUUCAAAUAUACACUUUGUACAAAAUUAAAUUGUCAACUCAUGCACGCCAUGCCUAAAUAGCUUACGGCUUUAAUUGAUAAAACAUAAUAAGUAAUGGUUUAAUAUGCUUGUUAUGCAUUCCAUAAACAUCAUAAUUAAGUUUUAAUUUUAAGUGUAAAUUUAACUACUGCGUGUAUAAGUACAAGAAAUUUACGUUUACAUAUUUACAAAUUGAGAACAUAAAUUGACAAAAUGGGGUGCUAAAGAAAUUGUGAUUUUAAAUUUAUAUUUAAAUUGGGUAACUAAAUGAUAACAAAAAUUGUUCUAGUCAAGACAAUUUUGAAAAAUAUAUACAUACGAAGAUACGUAAGUUUUAAAUAUUAUACUUUAUAAAAUUUAUAUUUACAAUUUGUUUAAUGAAAAAAAUAAAUGUAUGUCAUUUAA